AUGGUUCAGAUUACUGUUGAAUUAGUGCGUAAAAAAGCAGAACACCAUGAUGGACUGUUAGCGCCAUUGGAAGAAAUAGCUCUACACCAGGAAAAUAUUGAGAAAAUAGAAUUUAUCCAAGAUUGGUGCCCUAAACUAAAAAUUCUUUUAAUGCAAAGUAAUUUAAUAGCCAAAAUUGAAAAUUUAAACAAGUUAAAACACCUAUCCUAUUUAAAUUUAGCAUUAAAUAAUAUAGAAAUUAUAGAAAAUUUAGAAAGGUGCGAAUCGUUGCAAAAGUUAGAUCUGACGUUGAAUUUUAUCGGAGAUAUUUUGAGUGUCGAAUCAUUGGCAGGAAAUUAUAAUUUGGAAAAUUUAUACUUGACAGGAAACCCAUGCACUGAUUAUGAAAACUAUCGAGAUUUUGUUAUUGGUUCUCUACCACAACUAGCGUCACUCGAUGGAAAAGACAUUGAAAGAUCUGAACGCAUUAAAGCUCUACAAAACCUACCUAUAAUAAGAUCAGAUAUUUUAUAUGAACAAGAAAAUUACAAAUGCGAACGAAAAGCGCAAAAAUCACGUUUAGAAAGGGAUAUAAAAGAUAAGUGGUUAAAUGAAUAUAAGGAUUUGGAUACUGAUGAAAUUACUAAAAAGUUUUGGUCUGAAAAAUCUGAACACGCUCCAGAAGUAAGAUAUGAAAUUGAACGUAUGCGGAUUUUAAAGUCAAAAUCUUGUAAUACUGAAACAGAAAUCGAAGAAAAACGGCAGAUUAUUUUUUUUGCUUCUGAUGGCAGACCAUUUAACAUAAAUCAACCUAAAAUAAAAUUUAGAUUUAGUGAUACGAUACCUAAUGUAUACACAUUAGAUUUAGCUAUUUAUAAGCACUUAGAUACAAGUCUUCUGUCUAUUGACAUCCAAGCAAAUUAUGUAAGGGUUACGAUUAAAGGCAAAAUUUUUCAAUUGCAUCUUCCUGAAGACAUACAAAUUGUUAAUUCAACAGCUCAAAGAUCACAAAUUACUGGACAUUUAUUAAUCACGAUGCCAAAAUUAAAAAUUGUACAAGAAAAGUUGCACUUAACAACAUCUGAAAAAUUAUCAUCGCUUAAAUCUGAUAAAGAAUUAAAGACUCGUCAAGAACACAUGAUUCAAUCAAAAAGAGAAUUUUUGGAAAUAGGACCUUCUGAUAGCGUGCUUGAUUUUACAAAAAUGACUCAAACGAAAACAAUGCCUCGUAGUAAAGAUUUUAGAAUGAAUUUAAGUGAAAAGGCAUGCUCUCCAGAUUUUAUUGAUAAUCCUGAAGUUCCUGACCUUAUU